UUGGCAAGUCAGAGGGUUUGAUUUGGCUCACUCUUCUAGCAAACAAGCUGUGCACAACACAAAUCCACCUUCAAGUUACAGAGGUUCAGCUCUGAACCAGUUCAAAUGAGUGCCUAGCUAAGAGUGUAAGCUGAGUGCUGAUUGGCUGGGACUGGUAAUCAGGAUACAUAAAAGGCAGCACUGAAAUAUCUGGGGAGGUAGAUGCUGUCACUGGCCUAGCAAAUCUGUGUGCUCCUGAGACACCUCAGUACCAUGAGUGGGUGCCCGUUUUUUGGAAACAGAGUGGGAUCUUCUUUGAAAAAUUUAUCUCUAGAAGACAGUGAAGAAGACAAAGCUCAAACUGGUGAGAACAGAGCCAGCAAAGGUGGACUCAUCUAUGGGAACUACUUGCAGUUGGAAAAAAUUUUGAAUGCUCAAGAACUUCAAAGUGAAAUAAAAGGAAAUAAAAUCCACGAUGAACACCUUUUUAUUAUAACUCAUCAAGCUUAUGAACUCUGGUUUAAACAAAUCCUCUGGGAACUAGAUUCCGUUCGUGAGAUUUUUCAAAAUGGCCACGUCAGGGAUGAGAGGAACAUGCUCAAGGUGAUGACUCGGAUGCACAGGGUAGUGGUCAUCUUCAAGCUCCUGGUGCAGCAGUUCUCUGUGCUGGAAACAAUGACUGCCUUGGACUUCAACGACUUCAGAGAGUACCUAUCUCCAGCAUCGGGCUUCCAAAGUUUACAGUUCCGACUGCUAGAAAAUAAGAUAGGUGUUCUUCAGAGCCUGAGAGUCCCUUACAACAGGAAACACUAUCGUGGUAACUUCAGAGGAGAGGAGAGUGAGCUGUUGCUGAAAUCGGAGCAGGAGCAGACGCUGCUGCAGCUGGUGGAGGCAUGGCUAGAAAGAACACCUGGUUUAGAGCCACAUGGAUUUAACUUCUGGGGAAAGUUUGAAGAAAAUAUCCUGAAAGGUCUGGAAGAGGAAUUCCUAAGGAUUCAGGCUAAGGAAGAGUCUGAAGAAAAAGAGGAACAGAUGGCCGAGUUCCGGAAGCAGAAGGAGGUGCUCCUGUGUUUGUUUGAUGAGAAGCGCCAUGAACAUCUCCUAAGUAAAGGUGAACGACGACUGUCAUACCGUGCACUCCAGGGAGCUCUGAUGAUCUAUUUUUAUAGAGAGGAGCCUCGAUUUCAGGUCCCUUUCCAGUUGCUGACCUCACUUAUGGACAUAGACACGCUCAUGACCAAAUGGAGAUAUAAUCAUGUGUGCAUGGUGCACAGAAUGCUUGGCACCAAGGCUGGUACUGGGGGAUCCUCAGGCUAUCAGUACCUACGCUCAACGGUGAGUGACAGGUACAAGGUGUUUGUGGAUUUAUUUAACCUCUCAACAUACCUGGUUCCCCGACACUGGAUACCCAAGAUGAAUCCGACCAUUCACAAAUUCCUUUACACAGCUGAGUGCUGUGACAGCUCUUACUUCAGCAGUGAUGAGUCGGAUUAAAUUCUUCUGGAUAUCUGUGAAAACUACAGCAUUCUUAGUCCGUCUUCUAUUUUUAUAAGUUUUUAUGAAUACAUGUUUGGAGUAAUGUAUUUAUAUAUGUAGCUCAGUGUCAUGGUGUUCUGGUGCAAUCUUGGAAACAAUUUUAUAAUCUUGUGUACUGUGAUGAUGUAAGAUUAAGCACUAUGAUGAGAAAUAAUUCAGUAAAAUGUUAUGUCAUCAUACAUAUGACACAUUCCUGUUAAAAUUCAGUUUACCCUGAUACUUACCUCAAUGGAAUCACUUUAUAUAAUUAUUACCUCAUUGUGUCAUGCUUUAUAAAGCUUAUUGAGCACUUACUUUAUAUUAUAUAUGCAACAAAUGCUGGAAUUCCAUACAAAAUUUAUUCAAAUAAAUCUUUAAAUAAUCAA